AUGGCUGAGCUGGCGUUGAGCAUUGCUGGAGUCGCUGGUACUAUUGAUGUCUGUAUCAAGUUCGGGAAAAUAUUGGUCCAGGCAUACAAGGACUAUGGCCAGAUUGAUACAAUCGCCGACGAAUUGUCGAAAGUCAAGGCUCUUCAUUUCCUGAAUCUCCGGGAAAGCUUUCAAAGUACAGUGGCCGAUCUUGAGGCAUGGCAACAGCGAUUCGAACCAUCUUGGUUUCAAAUCAUCAAGACGAGCCCUACAGCUGUUGAUCGGGUGCUAAAAAGUGUAUCUCAAGCGAAAGCUCGAGACCCCGAGGAACCAGCCCGCACGGGCUUGAAAUUCCGUCAAUCUUUUGAUAUCACUGAGUCAGUCAAGCUUGCGGAGAAAGUACUUGAGAAUCUCGAGAGAAGAGCCAUCCCAUAUUGCAAGGCUCAAGUUGGUAUCAAACGAAAUGAGAACAAACACUUUAUCGUCGACACUGUUUCCCGGGAUAUCGUCGCAUUGAGAGAUGCUCGGGAACUUGCAUCCCGCCUUCGAGACUCAAGCCCCUUUACGUUUGGGACUUUGAAAUGCAAAGGAAUCGUGCAAUCGUCAACAGACCUAUCUCUUACCUUUGUAUUUGGGGUCCCAGAAGGUUACUCUACCAUUCGAAACUGUAGAGAGCUUCUUCUUUCGGGCAGCAUUCCCGACUCGCUGACGAAGCGACUCAAGAUAGCUCGACAGCUCGUUACCGCAGUCUAUUACGUCCAUCUGUACGAGUUCGUCCACAAAAACAUUACACCGGAAACUAUCCUGACUCUUGAACGCCCCGGAAAAGGUUCUGAUGAGCUGGUUAUGUGUCUAGUUGGAUUCCAGCUCUUCAGAUACGCAGAGGGACCAACAAAUGCUUCCAAAGCAGACCGGAAGGACAUCGUGUACCAGCACCCAUCACGUAUGGGUAGCGAAAAGGUCAACUUUGUUAUGCAGCACGAUAUUUACAGUCUUGGUGUCUGCCUUCUUGAGAUUGGCUUAUGGCAUUCGCUUGUGGAUUAUCAAGAUGACGAGGCGACACUGCGAGGUAAUCAAGGUCUCUCGCAGAACCUUAAGCCUGAUGCUAUCAAGAACCAGCUGAUUUUGAUGAGCCGGACCCAACUUAGAGCUACCAUGGGUGAUGUAUACAGUCGGGUCGUCGAGACCUGUUUGACCUGCUUGGAUGAGAGUAAUAGAGACUUCGGUGAUCCCAGGGAGUUUGAGGUUCAGGAUGGUGUGGAGGUUGGGUCGCGAUACGUUAAGAAGGUCAUGGACGCUAUGAGCAUGAUAUGCUACUAG